AUGGAAAACAACUCCUCCAUCAUCUCUCUGAAUGGAUCUCAUGAGAAUCUUGAGUCUUCUCUGUUUAUUGCUCUCCAAAUCACCUCUGGGAUCCCCUUUGUCCUCGGCAUCCUGGGCAAUGGGCUUGUGAUCUGGGUGGCUGGAUUCCAGAUGGCACACACAAUCACCACCUUGUGUUACCUGAACCUGGCCUUAGCCAACUUCUCUUUCAUUGCCACUCUACCAUUCCACAUGAUCUCAAUGGCCAUGAAAGAACAAUGGGCUUCUGGCUGGUUCUUGUGCAAGUUAAUUAACAUCAUCGUGGACAUUAACCUGUUAGGGAGUGUCUUCCUCAUUGCCUUCAUUGCUCUGGACCACUGUAUUUGUGUCCAGAACCACCACACUGUAAGUCUGGCUACAAAAGUAAUCACUGGACCCUGGAUUCUUGCAGUAGUCCUUUCCUCGCAAAUUUUCCUUUUCAUGACUAUUAUAAGGAACAGAAGAGGGAAUAACUACUAUACUUUCAAUUUUGCAUCCUGGGCUAACACCACUGAAGAGAGGAUGAAGGUAACCAUCACUGUGCUGACAGCCAGAGGGAUCAUCCGGUUUACCAUUGGAUUCACUAUGCUAAUGUCCAUCAUUGCUAUCUGCUAUGGACUCACUUCUGUCAAAAUCCGAAAGAAAGACAUGACUAAUUCCAGCUGUCCCUUAUGGGUCCUCACUGCUGUUAUGGCCUCCUCCUUCAUUUGUUGGUUGCCAUUUCAACUGAAUGCUCUUCUGAAAACAGUUUGGCUCAGAAAGGUAGCGUUUGAGGGUAAAUACAAAGUCACUAAUAUCUUGUUAUACCUAACGAGGUCCUUGGCAUUCUUCAACAUUUGCUUCAACCCAAUGCUCUAUGUUUUUGUGGGCCAAGACUUCCAAGAGAGACUAAUCCACUCCCUACCAGCCAGUCUGGAGAGGGCCCUGACGGAGGACUCAGCCGCAAUAGAGGACUCAGCUCCAACCAGUGACACAACAACCAAAUCUAUUUCCCCUUCUAUAGAAGCUGAGUUACAGGCAAUGUGACUGGGGCUGGGGGACAUUUUCGAACUCUGCCUACCCUGCUCCCAGUUCCUGCUUCAUCCUACUUUGGUGCCCCCUGAAUGGUGAGAAAGAAAAUGGACAUAAGGGUAUACUGGUGUCCUUUCUGGUUUUAGUACCUCGGGCUAUACCCUGAGGUAAGUAGAAGUGGGAAAGAGUACAAGGGAAGAGAAGUGAAUAAUGGGGAAUCUGGAAAGCUUAGAUAAGAGAGUAUAUUAUGGGGAAAAGUUUGGUAUUUCACCAUUUAGUAAGAUAUUUGCUGUGGCUUUUUUGUAAGCCCUUUUUUUUUAUCAGACCAUGGAAGU